CGACUAGAGACCAACACAUCCAGUCACACCCCCACCCCGGACUCAAUUAUACUGGCCAAAUUCUCCAUUCAUCUCUCUCAACAUCCCGCAAACUGCGCCAAACUGGAAAGUAAAUUAACACAGUGUUAUUCCGUUUCGCUUUUUUGAAGGGAGACGCCGGUUUUUCGACGACAAGGUGCAGAGCAGUGAUGCCACAGAACUGAAGGCAGUCUCAUACCAAUAUGGAGUUUGGUGAGCGGCUGGCCUCCCCAUCCUCGGCCCCGUCCUCCCUUCACAUGGCCUCCUCUUCAGCCAGCUCCUCUCCUGCUCCACCCCAGACACCCUCCACAAAAAGCAGCCCGGCCCCUAGCCCUGCGGGCAGCUCCCCUCUCACCACCUGUGGCCAUCCAAUCCAGGUAACAGGAGAUGAACGUUUAAAUAUGUCUGGCAGCUCCAAUGGUUUUCCUUUGGUCAGCCGUCCAGCCUUUGGGCUCUACACGUCAAGUUCAGGCCGCUCUGAGUUCGGAGGCCUAGGAAGUCUGGGUCUGUCUGCAUUGGCUGCUCACUCCCAGUUUGGUACAUUUCCAGACUGGUGGCGGCCAUCUGAGGCACAUUCCAGAGGAGCGGCAGCCUUCUUCCCUCCUCUUCUGGGUCUACAUCCUGCGUUUGCGUCAACAUUCAAAAGCCACGAUCCCAUUCACUUGCAGUCGCGUACCUCAGUUUCUGUAGGCGUAAUUGGGACAGUGAAUGGUAGGAGUGCUUCUUCACCUACUGGGAACUCUGCUGUGAACACCAGUUCAUUUCCAACAAAGGGAAGCAUGGAGAAAAUUAAAAACAACAGUAGUCGGAUUCAAAAGAACAGCCAGGACCCGGGCAAACUGCACCAGAAGAUCAUUCAGAAAACAAAAGAAAAGAGACCCAACAAAAGACCACUAGAGAUCUCCAGCAUGAGUGGCAGCCAAUCAGGAUCAUUGUCAGAUAGCUCCAGUGAUGGCGAGGAGAGCAGCAGUGAUCCUGAUGACAUGGAGGAGGAGGGAGAGGACGAGGAGGACAAUGAUGAAGAUGAGGAUGAUCAGAGCAAUGAUAGUGAGGACUCUGAUUCAGAAAAAGAGAGUCGAGUGGAAAGGAAAGUCAAGCGGCUGACACAGAACACUUCUGAGAGUAAAAAGAAGAGACCUUGCACUGCCGAUGGAAAUACAACGCCAGACAGCCAUCGGGAGACUUUGACUUCCCCGCACCGCCUGCAGUCCUCUUCUCAUCCUGCUGGCCUGUCACAGUCCGCAGCGCUCUUCCUCCAGAGCUCCAGGAUUGCAGAGGAGAAAGGCCAGCAGCACAUCAGUGUCAUCCAGGCCACAGGGUUGGCAGCCGGCAACAGUCCCCUAGCACCGUCCCACAGGGAGGCCUCUCCUCUGCGCUCCAGGUCCUCACCCAACCCUGUCUCCUUCUCCAACUCACCGAAACACUCACAUCCUUCCACCUCACAAAAGCACUUCUCUCAUUCGUCCUCACCGAAGCAUGGCUCUGUCUCCUCCUCUCCAAAACCUCACCCUCUCUGUUCCCCUGCGAAGCCCCUGCCUCUGUGUUCCUCACCCAAGCCUGUCUCCCUCUCCUUUUCACCCAGACCACCAACACCGUCAGCCUCACAAAAGCCUCCACAUAAACCUAAAUUCCUGAUGCCCUCUCUGAAGCACACCCAGCUGGCUGAUGGCAUGAAGGAGAGCAGUGGAAACCCUUCUGAUGAAAGAUUGUUACACUUGAACAGUUUUAAAUUAAAACAGUCCCUCCACUCCAAGGACUCUGUGAAGCAAGCGUUCUCCCUGCGACCUAAGAACCAGAACUGGCAUAAAAGUCACAAAAACUCAGCAUCCUCCUCAUCGUCGCAGACACAGCAUAAACAUUCAUCAGAUACCUUGAGCAGUCAUUUACUGUCUCUCCCACACAGCGAUGACACCAAUCUGUUCUUGAGCCAUCACCUUAAUGGAGCGAUCCACAGCGCAGUUCAGGAUGCCCCUUUGGCUCUCAUCACCAAGCCCCGCAGCCAGAGCAGCACCCCCAGUAGCAAGCCCCUCCUGGUAGCCACCAGCCCUCCCUGUCCCAUGCCCAUCAACCUGAGCACUGGUACUAAGGACAUGUCUGGCAGCUCUGCUUCCCCACUUAAAUCAUCAGCCUCAUCAAGUCUUGCUCACAGACCAAGAAAGACCAAGACUCCCAAGUCUCUGCAUCUAGUGAAGAGCCUGUCUAAACCCAGCUCAUCCUGUCCACCUGUGGACUUGGUCAGAGGCAGUGAGUCUGAUAUCCACAGCAGCAAAGACUCAGACGAUUCUUUAGGAGAUGACUUGGAUGACGACGAUGAAGACAAUGAAGAUGAUAUUGACGAUGAAGAUUCUGGCAGUAGCCUGUCAGAGUCAGAGAGCAAUCUGGAUAGCGAUUCUGAUGGCUCCGAGGAUGAUAUGAAGGAGCGCAGUGAGACAGCAGCAGACAGCGAUGCAGAAAGGACUCCCCUGAAACGCACUAAAGCGCCCUUGUCUUCUCACAAGUCCACCUUGAACCUCUCAGCCAACUGCUCCCUGCUUAACCUGCAGAUCGUCAAGCCUCCUAGUUUAUCUAGUGGUCUGCUCACCUCCACCACAGUGACCAGUUCAGGGGCAGCGGGUAACCACAGCACCCUAUCGCCAUCCUUCACGUUUGCCACGCUGCCAGGACCAGGGAAGAGGAGGAGAGUAACAGAUGAGAGAGUUCUGCGGUUGCCUCUUGAGUUUGGGUGGCAGAGAGAGACCCGUAUCAGGACUGUCGCAGGUCGUCUACAAGGAGAGGUGGCUUAUUUUGCUCCAUGUGGGAAGAAGCUGCGUCAGUACCCUGAUGUAAUGAAGUACUUACUGCGGAAUGGAAUAACUGAAAUCUCACGGGAUAACUUCAGCUUCAGUACGAAAAUUAAAGUUGGUGACUUUUAUGAAGCCAGAGAGGGACCAGAGGGUUUACAGUGGGUCCUGCUGGCAGAGGAGGAGAUCGCUCCAAGUAUCAUAGCGAUGGACGGGAGGCGCAGCAGGUGCACACAGUCUGAGCGGCAGCCAAUAGGUGAUGGGAAUGGGUCCAGACAGUGGAAGUCUCAUCCUCUUAGUAUUGGUGAAAAUAGCUUCCAAGAUGUCGGUGAUGCAAAGCUGCUACGCAAACUGGAGGCUCAAGAAAUAGCUCGACAGGCAGCUCAGAUCAAAAUGAUGAGGAAGCUCGAGAAGCAGGCCAUGGCGCAAGCAGCCAAAGAGGCAAGGAAACAACAAGCAAUAAUGGCCGCAGAGGAGAGGCGGAAAAAGAGGGAGCAGAUGAAGAUUCUUAAACAGCAAGAGAAGAUCAAGCGCAUUCAGCAAAUUCGUAUGGAGAAAGAACUCCGUGCACAGCAAAUUCUCGAGGCAAAAAGAAAGAAGAAAGAAGAAGCAGCCAAUGCCAAAAUAUUGGAGGCUGAGAAGCGAAAUAAGGAGAAGGAGAUGCGAAGACUGCAAGCUGUCAUACUGAAGCACCAGGAGUUGGAGAGGCAUAGACUAGAUAUGGUAUGGGAGAGGGAAAGACGCAGGCAGCACAUGAUGCUCAUGAAGGCUGUAGAGGCCCGUAAGAAGGCGGAGGAGAAGGAGCGUCUGAAGAAAGAGAAAAAGGACGAGAAACGGUUAAACAAGGAGAGGAAACUGGAGCUCAGAAGACUGGAGCUGGAAAAAGCAAAAGAGCUAAAGAAACCAAAUGAAGACAUGUGUUUAGCAGAUCAUAAGCCACUUCCAGAGUUGUCCCGCAUCCCUGGUCUGGUCUUACCAGGGAGUACUUUCUCCGACUGCCUGAUGGUGCUGCAGUUUCUGCGCAGCUUUGGGAAGGUCCUGAGGUUAGACAUAAACCCAAACAUGCUCAGUCUAAGUGACCUUCAGGAGGGGUUGCUCAACACUGGGGACAGUAUGGGCAAGGUGCAGGACCUGCUGGUGAGCAUGCUCUCCGCAGCUGUGUGUGAUCCUGGCAUACCUGCAGGUCACAAGAAUAAAACCGCCUUGGGGGACCACCUGACCAAUGUGGGGAUCAACCGGGACAACGUGUCUGAGAUCCUUCAGAUCUACAUGGAGGCUCACUGCGAGCAGACAGAGCUGGCUGCUCUGGCCCUCAGCCUCAGGACCAAGGCGUUUCAGGCCCACAGCCCGUCACAGAAGGCCUCCAUGCUCGCGUUCCUGGUUAAUGAGCUCUGCUGCAGUAAGGCUGUGAUCAGUGAGAUCGACAAAAACAUAGAUCACAUGACCAACCUGAGGAAGGAUAAGUGGGUCGUGGAGGGAAAACUUCGCAAACUGAGGAGCAUUCACGCCAAGAAGACCGGGAAGAGAGACAGCAGUGUGGGGGGAGAAGACAGCCACACAUUUGUCAUCCCCACUGCCAGAAACAAAGGCAAAAGGAAAGAUGGGGACAGUGAGGAGGAGGAGGACGAGGAUGACGACAGUGAAGACCAAGGAGACGACGACGACGAUGAGGAAGAAGAAUCGGGGGGGAAGAAGGGGAAGAAAGCUGAGAUAUGUGAAGAGGAGGAUGACAGUGUACACUCAGCCAGCAUGGAGGAGCUGGAGAAACAGAUCGAGAAAACAUACAAGCAACAGAUUCAGAUCAGACAGAAGUUAUUCGACUCGUCUCACUCUCUGCGCUCCAUGACGAUUGGACAGGAUCGCUACAAGAGACGAUACUGGGUCCUUCCGCACUGUAGUGGCAUCUUUGUGGAGGGCAUGGAAAGCGGUGAAGGUCAUGAAGAGGUGGAGAAAGAGAAGAAAAGAAAGAGGACUGCCCAGGUGAUCAGGGUAAAAGAAGAGCAGCAGGAAGAAGCAAAGACACCAGUGGUCUCCAGCCCAGCGCAGAGCACAGACGGCGAUACAACCACACCGGAGAGCCAGCAGGACAAAGACAGUCUCAAUCUCUUCCUCCAGAAACCCGGCUCCUUCUCCAAGCUCAGCAAACUCCUUGAAGUAGCCAAAAUGGCUCAAGAUUCAGACAUCAAUUCUCACAACAGUCACUCUGCUAAAGUCCCUACUACUCAUCCCUCAUGUCCCGCCUCUCAGACAGCCACUAAUCAGCAGGGACUGAUAGAUAAAUCAGAUACUUCAGUGCCAUCUCUGCUUAGUGCGCCACAGCUCAGAAGUAGUCCCUGGAUUACCUGCGGCCCUCAGUCUGUCCUUCAUGAGGACCAGCUCUCCAAAAUACUGAUGGAAAAGAGCAACCAGUGGUUUAGCCUCUUGCCUCGCUCUCCUUGCGAUGAGUCCUCCUUCACCUCCGGCUCCAGCCCUCCAGCCUCCUCCUCUCCACUUCAGACCAUCAGCACCAAAUCCCCCUCCUCCCUCUCCCCUAAUCCCCGGGCUUCAGCCAGUUCCAGCGCUCCUGCUGGGAUCAAUAACCUGCAGCCGUCUGUCCUUCAGCAAGUCAAGUCUGGCAUUCAUCAAAGCAGGCUGACGAGGUGCGAUGUGUCCGGCGCAGCACCAAGUCCCAGCCUGCCCUCCUCUGGUGCUUCUCUACUCCCCGUGUUGGAUCUGGCCUCCCAGCAUGCAGAAGAUGAUGCCAGCAGGGCCAUCUCUCUGGCAAAUAACAACUCUGUCAACAAGAGCGAGACCCCAGAGCCCCUGAGUGACAAGCCCGAUUGUGCAUCGUUCCCUGCUGUGGAAGUGGCCAAGACCCAGGACUACCCUAGUCCCCAGCCUAUCCCCGAGGAGAUGCUGUGUGGCUGGUGGAGGGUGGCAGACACGGAGGAGCUGCACAGUCUGGUCAAGGCCCUUCAUAGCCGAGGCAUCAGAGAGAAGGCCUUGCAGAAACAGAUCCAGAAACAUAUGGAGUAUACGACCCAGCUCUGUGCAAACAGCAAAGAUGCGUUUGAUGUGUCAGAGCUGGAGAAGCAGGAGAUGAGCGAGGAGACAGUGGAGAGUUGGUGUGUUGAGGAGCAGGCGAUGGAGGUGGACAUCAGCCUGCUGCAGCGUGUCGAGGCUCUGGAGAGGAAAGUCAUCUCUGCCAGCCUGCAGGUCAAGGGAUGGAUGCAUCCCGAGCCCCAGUCAGAGAGGGAGGAUCUGGUUUAUCAUGAGCACAAGCUCUCCUUUUCCCCCGCUCCAGAGAAGAAAGGACAGAGAGAAACCAGCCAGGAGGAACUCUCUGGAACGGUGGUGCGGCGGCCCGACAAUCCCCUUGAUAUAGCUGUCAUCAGGCUGGCAGAGCUGGAGAGGAACAUUGAGCGCAGCAGCGAGGAGGAGGUGGCACCUGGGAUGAGGAUGUGGCGUAAAGCCCUCGGUGAAGUCCGCAGUUCUGCUCAGCUGUCACUCUGCAUUCAGCAGCUACAGAAAUCCAUUGCCUGGGAACGAUCCAUCAUGAAAGUGCACUGCCAGCUCUGUCAGAAAGGAGAUAACGAAGAACUGCUCUUACUCUGUGAUGGCUGUGACAAAGGCUGCCACACUUACUGCCACAAACCCAAGAUCACUACAGUACCUGACGGCGACUGGUAUUGUCCCACCUGUGUAGCGAAGGAGAGUGGACAAUCCCCCCGGAGUAGGAAGCAACAGAGCCGAACAGCUGGAGGAGGGAAGAAAGGCAGCGAGGUAAAACGAAACAGUAAGCCAUCUGUGGUAGGAGAGCUCAUCAAAGAGGAGGCUGCCAGCAGCACCAGCGUGCCAAAGAAAGGUACCAAGGAGUUCAAGAAGAGGAAAGGAGACGACAGCCCGCCCAGCGCCCAGGCCAGCCAUGACAGCCCUGUCUCAUGCGGGAAAAAAGCCAAGACGGCCAAAGACAACAACACAAAUGCGCUCGCAAUGUGCCGAGUGCUGCUGGCUGAGCUGGAGGCCCAUCAGGACGCUUGGCCCUUCCUCACGCCCGUCAACCAGAAAGCCGUCCCUGGUUACAGGAAGGUCAUCAAAAAGCCCAUGGACUUCUCCACCAUCAGAGAAAAGCUCACCAACAACCAGUACUUGAAUCUGGAGAGUUUCAUCGUAGACGUGAACCUGGUUUUCGAUAACUGUGAAAAAUUCAACGAAGACGAUUCAGAAAUCGGACGAGCCGGCCACAGCAUGAGGAGAUUUUUCGACAAACGAUGGACUGAACUGCUGGAGUAAAAACAGAAUCAAGUGUGGACUUUGAAUGCUCCUCUCUACAUAUCAGACUUCAUCUUUGGUGUCGGAGGCCUUCUCUUCACCCGAGACACUAAAUCAAUAAAACAAGUUCUAAAAACAUUGACGUGCAAUGUGAAAGGACAAAUUCUCCUGCUGAGAAAACACACUUGUUUGGAUUAAUCAAAGUGCAAUACCGUUUUCUUUAUCAGAAAGCACUGACUCACGGACUCAAUAUUGUAUUUGGGAAUGGAAGAUUUCCACGGUAGAUAGGCCUUUGGCUUUUUUAUCAUCAGUACUUUAGUGUAUGUGUGUGUAUUUAUUUUCUCAAGUAUUUAUGUUACAGUCAGUCUUUUCUAAGAAAAAGCAAGAAAUGGCACACAGCUUUAAAAAAAAUGUCAAGAUUGUUUUAUGGACUAUUGAACAAGCCAAUCAAAAAAAAAAAAUUGUUUACAGCUUUUUGACUAUAAGGCGCCAGCAGUGCUUCUGUUCACCUGCGAGUUAUUUAUGUAAAAUACAAGGAGGUAUCACUGUCACUAUUUACCUAUUUCUAACAUGUAUAGAGUGUACAUACAGUACAGUCUUGUUAAAAUAUUGCUCAUGCAUAAGGAUGAUUGUAGCACUUCAUAUGUCUUAUACUGUACUUUGCCUGUGCUGAAAAUCCACUCAAAACACUGUGGUCUCCUCAGUAUUGUAGUGCCUGACCUCUGACCUCUCAACAGUGUAUGGAGGAGUGUGUUUUUCUUUCUAUUUUCAGUGUGUGUACUGUAUGUGUGUCCUGCACAAUAUACUGUAGGAAACCCUUACACAAAAUGUAGAGCUUCUCCUCUGAAAAGAAUUGAUGUGGUGCAUAUAGUGUGUUUCAUCUCCCAAGCAUUUCCUUCAGCCAGAGUCUUGUCAGACAUCCCGCGGACAGACGUGAAACCUGCACUGGGCUUUAAUCCAGCCGGGAGUCAGACAGUGUCACGCUCCAGCGGAGGCAUCUCCAGACAGCUGAAGUCAGAAGACUUGAAGUAACUGUAUUUUAUUAUGAAUAUUGUGAAAUGAGUAGCAACUUUUGUGGGAAUAUUAUUUUUGAAUAGUGGGUGUGUGGCACAGAUAAAAUAAACCUGUUUUUCAAAAAUAA